GUGAUGUUGCGAGUCUUAGCCCUGCUGGUCACGUCGGUGGCCUUUGUUCGAGUAAAUGGCACCCCUCUUCAACCGAAGGGCGAUCCACCCCAAGAUCUUGGGCGAAUUGUGGGUGGAGAAGAGACAACAAUUGACAAAUUUCCUUAUCAAGUCGGUAUCCGAUUUUUAGGUGCUUUUCAUUGUGGUGGAUCAAUUUUCAGCUCGAAUAUUGUUAUCACAGCCGCACAUUGCAUUUACAACUUUCCCCCGGCUUUGUUGUCGGUCUUUGCCGGUACUAGUUCUCGAACGGAAGGUGGUAUAAAACGUGACAUUCAACGAUUCAUUUGGCACGAGGACUUCGAUAAGGAUACUUCUGAAAGCGACAUUGGUUUGAUAAUAUUGGAAGGACACUUGGACUUCUCAAAAACGAUCCAACCGAUUGCGCUGGCAAGUGAAGGUGAAACUAUUCCGCCGGGAACGAGGGCUUACAUUUCUGGGUGGGGAACAUUGGAGGACGAUGGGAACCUGGCCGAGUCCCUCUACUCGGCUUCCGUCACUAUAAUCGAUAAUUUGGUGUGUGCGAAAGCUUAUAUUGGAAUAGUGUCAAUAACAGCAUCGAUGAUUUGUGCAUCUGGAGAACCUUAUGGUGGAACUGCUCCUUGCAUUGGUGACUAUGGUGGACCGCUUGUCGCUGGUGGUAAAGUCUACGGUUACGUUUCUUGGAAAGAUAAAUGCAGUGAAUUCAGUUUACCACAAAUUUACUCUAAUGUGGCUAAUCUGAGAACGUGGAUAGAUGCAAAUAUUAAGAAAUAUUCAAGUUAUUAGAGUAUAGAAAACUAUUUGAGUUUGUUUAAGCGAAUCUGUAGAAUAAACCAAUAGAAAAAC